CCCCUUUGCCUGGGUCCUAGUGCUAGACUUCUUCUCGCCUUCCCUGUCACAUGUAGCACAGCCCCUCAUGAAACAGAGUUUCUAUGACAGCCUAUUGGGAGUUUGUGUUGGAGACACUUUUCUUUUUUGAUACUCAAUACCAUAUGGAGGCAAUUUGAUCUGUGCCUAAAAUGAUCAAAGUUGGGUAUCCAGCUCUACUGACUUACAUCCUGCAUGUUCUUGUUUUGAUGGGCAUGAGAUAUGAAGGAGUGAAAUGUCACAAGUAUGGGAGUGUAGACAGUCAUAUGCUGCUGGGGAAGAAACUGCUCGAUGCUGGCCAGCUAGCUGACGCCCUCUCUCAUUUCCACGCGGCUGUGGACGGGUGUCCCAAAAACUAUAUGGCCUACUACAGGAGAGCUACAGUCUUUCUAGCCAUGAGGAAGUCCAAGUCUGCGUUGCCAGAUUUGAGCAGAGCUAUUGAACUCAAACCAGACUUCACAUCUGCUCUCCUUCAGAGAGGAAAUCUCUAUCUGAAGCAGGGGAGACUCGAUGAAGCAAAGAGGGACUUGAAGAAGCUGCUGAAGUCCACCCCUAGCGCCGAAGAGGUGAGGGAAGCCCAGAGUCUGCAGACAAAGUCGGGUGAGAUUGAGCGGCUGGUGGAUCAGGCCCGCAUCAGCUUGUGGAGAAGGGACUAUGAGACAGCUGCAGCCCAGCUCAGCAUGGUCAUUGAGACUUGCGUUUGGGAUGCAACCUCUCGUGAGACUCGAGCGGAGUGUUUUCUUCAAAUGGGAGAAAUGGGGAAGGCCAUCGGGGACUUCAAAGCUGCAUCCAAGUUAAAGAGCGACAAUACCCAGGCUUUCUACAAACUCGCCACCAUCUAUUAUAAUCUGGGAGACCAUGAGAUGUCCCUCAUGCAUUACGAACGGGCCAAGAAGCUCAACAACCAGAUCCAGGCUGCAGAGGAACUCAUCCGAGAGCAGAGGUAUACAGACGCGGUGAGAAAAUACGAGACAGUGAUGAAGACCGAGCCCAACGUGCGCCAUUUCUCUCUCCUCGCCAAGGAGCGCAUGUGCCACGCGUUGGCACAGGGCCAGCAGGCCGGCAGAGCUGUCUCAGUGUGUGGCGAGGUCCUCCAGGCAGACCCGGAGAACGUUAGCGUGCUGAAGGACAGAGCUGAGGCGUAUGUCCAAGAGGAAGAGUAUGAGGAAGCUAUUAAGGACUACAAGACUGCUGCAAAACACAGCAAGAAUGACCCUCGGAUUACAGAAGGUCUGAAGAAAGCUCAACAACUUCUCAAAGAGUCUCAGAAGAGGGAUUAUUAUGACAUCCUGGGAGUGAAAAGAACUGCCCAGAAAAAUGACAUUGUGAAAGCCUACAGGAGACUGGCACAAAAGUGGCAUCCUGACAUGUUCCAGGAUCCAUAUAAAAAGAAGAAGGCUGAGAGGAAGUUUGUGGAAAUCGCUCUGCCCAAAGACGUUCUUACUGACCCAGCCAUGAGAGCCGCAUACGACCAGGGUAGGACCCCGUGAAUACGAAAAAUCCAGCAGGGUCAUCGUCAUCAGCACUAACAUGGAGGAUCCGAGGGCUUCCAGGUUCUCAACCAGCUCCAGUUUGACCUUUCUAAUAUAUAUUUAAUUUCAACUGAGGAAUCUCUUCCAGCACAGCAGGAGCUUAUUUUGGUUUUUUUGGAACGUCGAGAAUGCCAUAAGUCUCACAAAAAUGUCAAUGACAUAACCAUAAUAUUAAAAGUCUUUGGAGGUUAGACUCCAUCGUAACAAUAUGUUCUAAAAAAGGGUAGCAAAUCUCAGACACUGGUGGGGGUGAAGAAGGAUCACUGGGGACCAAACCAAAGGGCAAAGUGGGCGGUCAGCUGACCAAGACCCAGGGUUGAAGGGGAGGAGGCGGAGCCCAUUCUAGUCUUGAAAUGACAACUGACAACCGCAGAGGAGAGACCAGAUUUCAAGCAGGGAUGUCAUGCUGUGAUUGGCUUGUGAAAUACAUGCUGAAUACGAUUGGUUUAAGUGAAAAGUGAAUGCAUAGAAACAGCUGAUCAACUAGGAGUGAUGUGAAAACAGUAUUGAAGUCUUCCUUUAAGAACUUACACUGAGCUCCAUAAUACUUCAAAUUUAAGCAUUUAAAUUUUUUAUUAAGUUUUGUACUCACAUUACCGUAAAUGUGUCUAUGGUCAAACCCAAAGAAGCCUGUAAUUAUAAUCACAGACACGUGUUAUGGGCUCCCCCCUUGUUUUUCCUUCUCCCUCUCUGCUCUUCUUAGGGGCUUCUGAUUUGAUAAUUAGUUGGUGGUCCCACCCUCUGUACUUAAGGAAGACUGGAGGACAAGGAUCUCCCUCGGCAGCAUAUAAUCUUAAGAAUUUGGCGCGAGGUAGUUACAUGCUGAAAGGUUUACGCGGAGCUUGAUUUGGACCACAGGGUAAGAACCUGGGGCGGUUCGGUGGACCGGGCUGGAGACGGACAGGAGAUGGCAGAUGGAAGUGACAGAUCAGGAACUAAGAUUGGAGAAAUGGAAGUAGGUGGAGGGAAGGGUGAUGACUCGAAUGAUAGGGCCAAGUGGUGGAAAAGUAGAAGAAAUUGCAAGAAAAACAAUGCAGCAGAAU